AUGGUUUGUUACUGUCUACGAGUAUGGUGCACUCGUCACGAAGCCACGGACAGCGAGUCAAGUGGCGAUGGCAGCAACAAUGACGAUACCGAAAGCGACAGCGAUGAGGUAAACAGUGUGUACAAUGCUAACGCCAACACUGAUGAGGUAAACAGUGUGUACAAUGCUAACACCAACACUGAUACCGACGACGACGACGACGACGACGACGACGACGACGACGACGACGACGACGACGACGACGACGACGACGACGACAAUUCCGACACAGAUCCACAACACGAUCAAGGCAGACGGCAAGCACAAGAUCACAUGCACGAUGCUCGGAGGCUCUUCCCAUGGAACGACCAACUCGAAAGAGCAUUAGAGGAGGUGUGGAGAUUGAUCGUUCUCGAGGGAGACACAUCAUCCGUAGAAGACGAUCAAAUCCCAGCGAUGGUAGAGCUCAGUCGGGUGUUGUUGUUNCAAAAGGUGUGGAACGACCGCUUCGACAGCGCUCUAAUCCAUUUCAUGGCCGUGAUGGGCAUCGACGAGACCAACGCUCGGCUACGCGAUGGCAACGACUACUCUUACAUGAUCGCCGGACUGGUGUACGUGUCCAGGAUCGUGACCGCCGAAGCUCUGCUCCCAUCACUCGACCGCGAAAACCAAGGGGAGGCCGACUUCGAGGCAUUUCUCGAGCAGAGAAAAGAGUUUCUAGCCGACGGAUCGAUGAGCGUGAUGGGAGAGAUGUUGAGCUUGCUAGCGUACGGAAAGAAGAUCGCAAAGAACUUCCACGCCCAGGGGAAGCUGCACUGGACUCACGACGGAGCCGGCGUCGCUCUCGGCAGCAUCGAGUUCACGGUGUACAACUUCAAGUCCAUGGCACGCUCCGCUCUAGACGAUUGCGAAGACUACAUGUGGAGGGGAUCUCAUGUGGGCAGGCCGCAAGGCAGAUCGCUUCGUGUUAGAUCUCGAUAG